UCAUCUACCGUCGUAUCAGUCGCCUCAAGCCACCUGCUCACUAUCCAACCCUAUCCAUAUCCGAUCCACCCACCAUGGAACGCGUCCCGACCACUCCUCCCCGCCAUCGUCGCCUCCUGUCAACACCGACGCCUGUGACCGUACAACCCAGCCCGCCCCGACGAUCGGAGCUGCCACCCUGCGGGAUUGAGGCGAGACGGAGGCUUAUCAGGGCAGCGCAGGCGGGCAUGGGACUUACGGACGAGGGCGACUUCAGUCCUGAGUAUCUUGCGGGCUGGCUCGAUCCGGAUGUGGAGGACGACACGUACUUCAGGAUGCGGAAGGAGGAAGGUGCGUGGUAGUCGGUGGUAGACCGUCGAGGCAAUCGUUGAUGGAGAGUUUAGAAGAGCGCAUACAGCACGAUGUAGAGCGCGCCCAUCUGGCCAAAAAUCGCGCGCGAGCUAGGAGGGCUGCCCAGGAAGCCGAGCAACAGAGCCUCGCGAGUGACAGACACCCCCACCCCCCAUCUGGCGCCUCUCGGCGUGACCGGCGGGAAGAGGGUCGUGACUCUCACGCACCGCGCAGACCAUCUCCGUUGAAGAAGACGAUGAACUCAGAGCUUGAACGCUACCGCUUUCCGGUCGCGGACUCUGAUUCAGAGUGUUCGGAGUCACCGCCGCCAACCCCAAACUUCGCCCCUUGUCCUCCGGAUAGCCCACCGAUCCCUGAGUUCGCGAAGGCUCAUCGUGGGCGUAUGAUUCCGCUUCCAACUCCCAGAAAUACAACAUCGCAUCGUAAGGCAGCGGGCUUUACUCACAGGCCGAGGCAGUCGUCGAGCGCGUCGAUUGCACCACCUUCCACUUCAUCAAGUACUCGCCCUCGUCGCCCUUCAGCAGCUCCGACUACCGCGUCCACGCACUCGCACGUCUCCCGAGUGACAGUCAAUCCUCCUUCUUCUCCUCCAAAGCGCCUUGCACCUCUCUCGCGCUUCAACCCAUUCAUGCCGCGUCCGCGGUCCGAGUCACUGUCAUCCGUUAUCGAGGAGGGUAAGGUCGGCAUGCCUGAGCGUGCAGAUCUGCACCGUCCAAAGGCCGCCGCGCUACCACCGUCGUCGCAAAGGAAGCUGAAGCGCGCCAACACCGUGCAGGCGAUCUUCUCGAAGAUCAACCGCCAGCCCUCGCCACUAGCUUUCAAGACGACAGCUUGAGUGCCAGGGUCGAUGGGGGUUGUGCGGGUCUGCCUCAUGAAGGAGGUCUCUUCUAUCUAUUCUAUCAUAUCAUGAGCAUAAUCACCUUGUAUACGCGCUACCUCUGGCUGGAAUCAACUGCUACUUGACUGUGGACUUUGAG